UUUUUUUUGUUUUGUUUUGAAUAUUCAUUUUGUUUAUUGAAAAUGUAAUAAAAAAAUGGCAUUAUUAAUCAAUAAUAUCAAUUGUUUAAUGAAUCAAUAUAGUAUGACUAUAGAAUCACAAUCAUGGGAAAAAUUAUUAUCAGCAACAACAUCAUCGUUUAUUAUAUCAUCAUCAUUGAUUAAAUAUCUUAUUUUAACAUCGAUAUUUACAUUUAUUAUCAUACAUAUUAUACGACGACAAUAUCAAUUAGUAACAUUAGUGAAUAAAAUUCCCGGUCCACCUGUAAAUCCAUGGGUACCAUGGCUUGGUCAUGCAUAUAUUGUACUUGAUUUAGAUCGUUGCCGUUAUCAACAUGGUACAUAUGCUUUAAUCUAUCAGAUGGUAUCAUCAGUGAAUAAAAUCUAUCAACAAGAAGGUAUAUGUCGAAUGUGGAUUGGUUUAAAACCAUUAGUAUUACUUUAUCGACCAGAUGAUGUUGAAGUUAUAUUGAAUAGUAAUACGUUAACACAAAAAUCGGCUGAAUAUCGAUUUCUAAAUUCAUGGCUUGGUGAAGGAUUAGUUACAAGUGGUCGACAAAAAUGGCGAAUUCGACGUAAAAUAUUAACACCUGCAUUCCAUUUUCGUAUUAUUGAAGAUUUUCUACCAAUCAUCAAUGAACAGUCAAAUAUUUUGAUUGCUAAAUUAAAUCGAUUAACAUCAAAUCAUACGAAUGAUAUGGAUGUUGUACCAGUUAUAACAUUAUGUAUGUUGGAUAUUAUCUGUGAAACAGCAAUGGGUGUUAAAUUGAAUCUUCAGGCAAAUUCCGAUCAUGAAUAUGUUGAAGCAUUAUAUAAUAUCAGUAGAAUCUUUUUGAUUCGUUUAAUGAGACCAUGGCUAUGGCCAAAUAUAACAUUCAAUCUAAGCUCUUCUGGACGAUUAUUCAACAGAUCUGUCGAACAGACAAAAAACUUUACAAUGAAAGUUAUCAAAGAAAGACGUGAUGAUUGGAUGACAUAUUUAUCAAGCAAUCAAAAUGAUCAAACAAUGAUAAAUGAUUUUGAUCAGAUUAAAACAUCUAAAUUCUUUAAAAAUAGUAAUCGAUUAGCUUUUCUUGAUCUAUUGCUACAACAUCAUCUGGUGACAAAAAAAUUAACAUUAGAAGAUCUACGGGAAGAAGUGGAUACGUUUAUGUUUGCAGGACAUGAUACUACAUCGCAUGCAAUUAGUUGGACAUUAUAUAUGUUAGGCAUACAUCAAGAUAUUCAAGAAAAAUUACGCGAAGAAAUCGAUAAAGUGUUUGAUGAUUGUAGCCACUCUGAUAUCGAUCUAUCAAUUGAACAAAUUAAACAAUUAAAAUAUCUUGAUUGUGUUAUCAAAGAAGUACAGCGGAUAUAUCCAACGGCGCCAUUCAUUGGACGUGAUUUAAGUGAAGAUACAAAAAUCAGUAAGUAA